AUGGAUCCUGCGAGCAUUCUCGGCGUUGUUGCAGCCACUGUUCAGUUUGUUGAUUUCUCAGCCACACUCCUAUCACGGAGUUUGACAGUCUACACCUCAGCGUCGGGGGAGCUUUUCGAGGAGAAACGACGUACAGCGAUAGUUCAGGACCUACAUUACCUUAACGAAAAGAUCAAAAAGACCAGCAAAGAGGCUGUCCGAGCCACAGUCACUGAUCAAAACGAAUGUGACCUGCUGGAGCUUUGCGCUGGAUGCGACGAUGUUGAUCGGGACCUCUUGGGUGCCCUGGACAAACUCAAGGUCAACAAAGCGAAAAACAAACAAUGGGAAAGCUGUAGGGUCGCGUUGGAGAGCAUUUGGAACGGCGAUGCUGUUGACCGGCUCGAGCAGCGUUUGAGUGCCUACAGACAGCAGAUAUCAUUGCACAUUAUCUGGGGAAUGAGAAAACAGCUCGAAAAUGGCUUGGAUGAUCUUGCGCAGGAGCAGAAGCUCACCAGGGAUGAAAUAGUGCGGCUUAUCGGCGAGCGCCGUGAUUGGAAAGAGGGCGUCAUUGCCGCCAUCGCAGCAGGUCCCUUGCCUGGAGUGAAGCCAGAUGCUGAUGACGAGAGCCAAUGCGGCUUUGUACGGCUCCUUCUCGCACAGCACCAUUUCGAGAGAAUUUCAUCUCGGGAAGAGAGGAUACCAUAUGCACAUCGAGCAACGUUUGAAUGGGUCUUCAGGCCCCCAAGAGCAGACCAGCUACCCUGGGCCGAUUUCACAAAAUGGCUGGAGUGUGACUCAAGCAUGUAUUGGAUCACCGGUAAAGCAGGAGCAGGAAAGUCAACGUUGAUGAAAUUUAUCGCGCACGACAGAAGGACUACGCAAAUCCUCACCAAGUGGGCUGAGCACCGCCGGCUCAUCAUUGCUCGGCACUACUUCUGGAACUCUGGGGAAGAACUACAAAUGACCCAAGAAGGCCUUCUGCGGACACUCAUUCACGACAUAUUACAACAAUUCGACGAAUUAGCCAUCAGGGCAUUUCCUCAUGAAUGGGAACUUUUCCGACUUUUCGGAAUUUUCGACUAUAAACCACCUGAUUACGUUGGACUACAGCGCCGGCUUGAUAAGAUCAUCAAGGCUGAUACUUCAGCACAAUUUGUCUUCUUCAUUGACGGCCUUGAUCAAUUCACCGGAGACCAUUCGAAUCUGGCUACGUAUAUGAAGCAACUGUCGGAUAGUAUGAACACCAAGGUCUGCGUCUCAAGUCGUCCAUGGAAUGAAUUUGAGGAUGCAUUUGCAAGUACACCAAGUCUGAGGGUCGAGGACUUGACUUAUCCGGACAUUAUCUGCUUCAUCCAAUCCAGCUUCAACCAGAGCCCAGGAUAUUCUGAGCUCCAGAUGGAGUACGAAGAAGAAGCAAAAGUCCUUUUGCACGCAAUCGCCUGA